AGUUCACAGACAGUCCACACGAUCGCCGAUCCCACGCUGCGUGUUUGCCUCCAGAAACUCCCAAUGGCCUGCCGCCUCGCCCUCGCCGGCGCCACCGCCACCGCCGCCGCUUCCCGCGCCCCCCGUCGCGCCGUGAUCACCGCCGCCUCCGCUUCUUCCGCCGGAGAACCCGCGCGCCGCAUCAUCCGCCGCCGCGCGCCGCCGGGUCGGCAGGGCUCUGCGACCGCGCCCCCCACCCAGCCGUCCGUCGAGGAGGUGCGCCGCGCCCUCGGCGUCUCCGACGAUGCUGCGUCGGCCGCCGCAUCCAUGGAGGCGAAGAACUCCGCGUUCAUGGACCUCAUCGCUACCACGCCCAUCGGGAAGCCGGAGAGCGAGCCCGAGCGCCGCCUCCGCGAGGCCGCCGAGUGGGUAGUCGACAACACUGAGACGCGCGCUUGCGAAGGACAGAAGUCUUUCUUAGUGCUAUGCAUGAUGACAUUUCCUGCGUGGUUCUUGCUCAUGUUUAUUGCCCUUGGAGUCGUAAAGUUACCAUUUGAUAUUCCGGUUCUGGAUAAUCUCCUAAUGUAAGGUGUUAUUGUUAUUUUUUCCUUUUCUUUUCCAAUUAUACGAACUUCAGACACUGAAUAUGAAAAUAAAUAGUAUGUCACUACUGAAGUUACUUACUCCGUUUGUUCCAAAUUAUAGUUUAUGUGAUGGGCAUAAUAACUUGCUUCUUGAAUA